UUUCCAUCAGCCUUUUUGGAAUUAAAAAAAGUAGAACCUAAUGUCCGCUAAAAAGCAUCCCCAUCUUUAUGGGAAGAUGACUUUAAGGCCAGUCAUGCUGGCGUUGUAUGAAGUCUCAGUUAUGUUGCAAAACAUGUUGAUCCUCUAACAGCCUUUUCUUGUCUCUAAUUUGCUUACAAUGUUUAAUUUCCUAAUUAAGCUAAAGCUUUAUAUUGUUCCUGUCUUUUAAUCAUCAAAAUGUGAAAGAUCUGGAAACAGUUUAGCUCUUCCUGUUAUUUGACCAAGGGUAACUGGGAAAUAGGGAUAAAGACCCGCUCUAUGUUAAGAAAACCAGAGUUUGCUAAGGGCGGUCUGCCUGCUUAUAGUCACUAUGACCCCGUAGAAAGGUGUAGCAGGCGGUUUUUCCUGGGUUUCACAGCAGGAGUUUGAGGCUCAGAGAGGUUUAAGUGCCUUGGCAAAGCCAAAACUAGAACCAGGUCUCAGGUUCCUUUUGUGUUGGUUUACUGCCAUUCAUCACAUCUUCCCAGGACACCUCUCCUGCUGGGACUCCUUCCCUACCCACCUGGUCAUAGCACACUCCUUGGGGCUGCUCAGGGCGGGUUUGCUGAACGCACCGUGGCUCUGAGCGACCCUCAGUGAAAUAAGAGUGCUUGGAAGGAAACCGUGGGAAUUGUUCAUGGGCUCCUGUUAUGUCCGAAGGACUGUGCUGGCUGGGUGCCUGUUCUCCAUUGUGGGACAGAUACAGGGCACUCAGACGCCUCCUGGCCAUGGUAAGAAUGUUCUGAGCAGACUGCCUCACAGCCAGAAAGAGACUUUUAACCACUCUGUCCUUCACUACCUUGUCCACUCCCAGAAACAGGCAACAGUCAGAACGAGGACCUGUGCUUGCCCUCAUGACCUCUCUGUUUUAAGCAUUUGCAGGACCCAGGAUGCUAUGCUGUUCUCCAUGAGCUGGUCACCGAGUCUGGGUACUGCAGCCCUUUCUGAACCUCUGGCUUGCUGGAAGCUCCGCUCUGCUCCUUGCCAAGAUGAAGUGCAUCUUGGUGGCCACAGAGGGUGCAGAGGUCCUCUUCUACUGGACAGAUGAAGAGUUUAAAGAGAGUCUGCGACUGAAGUUUGGGCCGUCAGAGAAUGAAGGACAAGAGCUUCCUGCGCUGGAGGACCAGCUCAGCACCCUCCUAGCCCCAGUCAUCAUCUCUUCCAUGACAAUGUUGGAGAAGCUCUCAGACACAUACACCUGCUUCUCAACAGAAAAAGGGAACUACCUGUAUGUCCUUCACCUGUUUGGAGAAUGCCUGUUCAUCGCCAUCAACGGAGACCACACGGAGGACGAGGGGGACCUGCGGCAGAAGCUGCGUGUGCUCAAGUACCUGUUCGAAGUGCACUUCGGGCUGGUCACUGUGGACGGCCAGCUUAUCCGAAAGGAGCUGCGGCCCCCAGACCUGGAGCAGCGUGUCCAGGUGUGGGAGCACUUCCAGAGUCUGCUGUGGACCUAUAGCCGCCUGCGGGAGCAGGAGCAAUGUUUCGCUGUGGAGGCUGUGGAGCGGCUGAUCCACCCUCAGCUCUGUGAGCUGUGCAUAGAGGCGCUGGAGCAACACGUCGUCCAGGCUGUCAACUCCAGCCCUGCACGGGCUGGCGAAGAGGCCCUGCACGCCUUCCUGCUCGUGCACUCCAAGCUGCUGGCUUUCUACUCCAGCCACAGCGCCAGCUCCCUGCGCCCAGCUGACCUCCUCGCCCUCAUUCUCCUGGUUCAGGACCUCUACCCCAGCGAGAGCACAGAGGAGGAUGACGACACUCAGGUCUCGGGCAGCAAGAGGCCAUCAGGGAGAUGGCCCAGAAAACCAGUUUGGAGGCCUUCCCUGCGGAGGCCCCGGAGCAGCCAGCAUAUCCCUUUGCAGCAGCCCCGGAGCCCUCGUUCCUCAGGCCGGGCCAGGAGUUCUGCAGGGACCGAGACAGACAGCUUCUCCCUCCCUGAGGAGUACUUCACACCAGCUCCUUCUCCCGGGGAGCAGAGUUCAGGUUCAGGUAGCACCAUCUGGCUGGACGGGGGCACCCCACCCACUGAUGCUCCCCAGGUCCAGAUAGCUGAAGACACCCUCCAAACGCUGAUCCCUGGCUCCCCAGCACCUUCCAGUCCCAGAAGGAUUUUCCUGGAUGCCAGUGUGAAAGAGAGCUACUGCCCCAUGGUGCCUCACACCAUGUACUGCCUGCCCCUGUGGCCAGGCAUCAACAUGGUGCUCCUGACCAAGAGCCCCAGCACGCCCCUGGCCCUGGUCCUGUUCCAGCUGCUGGAUGGGUUCUCCCUGCUGGAGAAGAAGCUGAAGGAGGGACAGGAGGCCGGAAGCUCCCUGCGGGCCCUCCCGUUCAUGGGGGACCUGCGCCACAGGAUGGACAAGUUCGUCAAGAAUCGCGGGGGGCAAGAGAUUCAGAGCGCCUGGCUGGAGUUCAAGACCAAGGCCUUCUCCAGAAGUGAACCCGGAUCGUCCCGGGAACUGCUCCAGGUGUGUGGGAAGGUGAAGCGGCAGCUUUGUGCCAUCUACCGUCUUAGCUUCCUGACCACCACUCCGGGCCGGGGAGGCCCACAGCUGCCCCAGCACCUGCGGGACCAGGUCCAGACACUCAUGCAGAAAAUAAUAGGAGAACGUGUCCUGCGUGCCUCCUGCAGGAACGCCCCAAGGCUGAAGUUUCAGAAGCCCCUGGUGUCUCAGAGUUAUGAAAGCCUCGGCAGUCGUUUAUGUCGGUGUUGUCCAGCCAGCAAAGUGGUGAUGGAUAUUCCACAAGAGGACUUCCCAGGCUUGGUGCACUUCAUCUACAUAGACCGCACGACUGGACAGAUGGUGGCCCCGUCCCUCAGCAGCGGCGAAAGGACUUCAGCGGAGCUGGGCAAGGGACCCCUGGCCAAUUUCAUCAGAACAAAGGUCUGGUCUCUGAUCCGACUGGCGCGCAGAUACCUGCAGAAGGGUUACACCACGCUGCUGUUCCAGGACGGGGACUUCCACUGCUCCUACUUCCUGUGGUUCGAGAACGAGAUGGGGUACAAACUCCAGAUAAUCGAGGUGCCUGUCCUUUCUGAUGACUCGGCUCCUGUGGGCAUGCUGGGCGGAGACUACUACAGGAAGCUCCUGCGCUAUUACAGCAAGGGCCACCCAGCUGAGUCUGUCAAGUGCCAUGAGCUGCUGGCCCUCCACCUGUCUGUUAUCCCCAGAGACGUGCUGGUGCAGCAGGCCGGCGAGCUGGCCCGGCGCUUGUGGGAGGCAUCCCGCGUCCCCCUGCCCUAGGCCGGGGUGGAUGGCCCCAGCGCGGUCUGCCUGUGCACCCAGUUCUCCAGUCCUCACCCCCACUUGCAGACAUGGCUGCAGCAAGAGCCUCCUCUCCUCCGUAGCAGCCACCUGAGAAUGGACAGUCCCCAGGGCAGCCCUGUGAUUUCUUAAACUUCACUUAGAGCAGCUUCCAUUCCAGGCAAUGACCAAACCCCCAGAUUCUUCCCUCUGAAGGAGGAGGGAGGCCAGGGGAUUCCUUUGGUUUCCUUGAAACAACAGUGGCCUCUUUCAGAGCUUCAUCUCCAUUUAUCCCCAGGAGACAGGAAGUCCGCAGUACUUGUUGGUGUCUGAAGACACCCUCCCUCCGCUGUCCUAGGAGAGGAGGAGGAAGUCCCUCAGGAAGCUGGUUUCUUCCCCAAAUGAAAGGCACUCCCUUGGCUGAAGUCCAGCUCUGAGCUCUGCCAUUUUCUUUCUGCAGCUCUGGGUGGGUUUCCUAAACCAGACCUGUCUCCCUGCUUGUGGGGUGAUGGCACCUCCCUCUCUGGGUGCUGGUUAGGGCUGCCAGACACGCAGCAGGUGCUCAAUAAACACUGGUCUCAGUUA